UCAAUUUAUUGUUUUGUUUUGAUAAAGGAUUGUGUAAAUGUAAAAAGGAUAAACUAAAUUUUAUAGUAAUCAACGUAAAUAAAUAACCAUGGCAGUUGUGGUCGAUUUAAAGUUCGCUUGCAUUAUUUGCCUUCAAGACGAUGGAGGUGAAUUGAUAUCUGUCUUCUCUGGGGAUAAGGAGAGUACUACUCAGUCGGAGCCAGAGUCAAGUUUAUCAAUUGCCGAAAAGAUUUCAUUAUGUUCAGUAUUAAAUUUGUCAAAUAUAAGUAUUAAAGUUUCAAACAAAAUAUGUAAUCGCUGUUUGGAUGAUCUUUCUGUCGCUUGGCGCUUCUGGAAAAAUUGUGAAACCACUAAUUCCCUCUUCAGAUCCAUACAACAAGAAGAAAAUGGAGAUGUCUCUUUGGUCAAUUGUGAAGUCGAUUGUGACAAAAUGAAACUUCCUACUUCUAUGAAAACACAACCAGCCCAUUCUGACAUUAAAUCAUAUAUCGAUACUGCUGAAGUAGAUGGAGAACAAUCUGACGACAUUGAUCCAAACGAAGCAGAAAAAUCUGAAGAUGACUUGGAUUCCAUUUCGGGUUUCGGAAUAGUAGAAUAUAUUGAUGAAGAUGAGCAAAAACAGUCUGAUGAAAGCACGGAUUAUUUUAACUGUAUUCGGGAAGAAAGUCUUGAAGCGAAUGAGGAUUUUAAAGUAAUUCAAAAACAAUCUAAUAUAGAAAAAGUAAGUAACUUGGAGACACAAAAUAAAAUCAAUACUACAGAAUAUGGAUUGAAAUUUGAAGCUGAAAUAAAAGAAGAAUUCUCAGAAGAUGGCGUCGAGGAUGAUAGUAUAGGUUUUAUAAGUAAACAAACGGAAGAUGACUUUUCGAACAGCGAAAAUAAUAUAAUUUCAUCCUACAAUAAAUCAAAAACUAAUGCUGAAAAAAAAUUACCAUUUAAAAAGAAAUUGAGUUAUAAAAAAUUAUCCACUCCGACUGAGGCAAAGUACAAUUAUCCUCAAAAGUUAUCGCAUAAAAGCAAAACGUUUCAUGCUUCUAUCAAGAUUUGUGAAAUCUGUGGAAACAUUUACAAGUACCAACACGCAUUAAACGCUCAUAUGCGCAGACAUAACAACGACCGGCAAUUCGGUUGUGAACUUUGCGACAAGGCAUUUGUUUCGAAUGUAGAGCUUAAACGACAUAUGCGUGUGCAUACGGGUCAAAAGCCAUAUCCUUGCUCUUUUUGUGAAAGACGUUUUUCCGACUUUGGGUCGCGAAGUAAACACGAACGUACACAUACAGGUGAAAGGCCAUAUCGUUGCACAACCUGCAAUAAGUCCUUUGCAUAUCCACAUGUUCUGACCGUACAUUUGCGAACACAUACUGGAGAGAAAAAAUUCCAAUGUACACGAUGUGGUAGAGGCUUCACAAAGAAAGUGUACCUCUUAGCUCACAUAGAAAACCAUACACGCUGUGAAAACAUGUCAUUAAUUACACGAAUGAAUGAUAAUGAAUCUGUCGUUAGUAUGAAAUCUGAUUCGGAUACAACGCAGCAACAAGGAAUUAUUGCAAUAAAAACAGUGGCCUUAGAGGAAUGCAUCUUUACCACAGAAUUAGUAAGUGAUAGUGGAAAUUUAACCAACGGAGACGAUGACAUAAGCCGUUGUACCAUGGAACUGGAAGAUGCGAUCGACGAGGAACACUUAGAAGAUGAUAAUAAUGUCGAAUACAUUUUGGGAAACACUCAACAGCUCAAAUGUGUAACUAAUUAACUGCUUGGGAACAUAUGUAUGUAUCUUCCGCAUAGGUGUCGCAAGGGAAGUUAAUUUUCAAAUAUGUUUCAUAUUGGCACACAAAGAUCCUUCAUACCAGACGCUCACCUGCUGGACUAGGUGAAUAUUUUCGUGGUAUUCCUAAUUACCUCAUUUGUAGAAACCACAUGUGGUGAAUGAUAUGCGGAUAAAGUUCUACAGCUAUAACUUUUCAUCAAUGUAUUUAUUAGUAUUUGUAUUAAUAAUAUGGAAAUAAAAAGAUGUAAUAUUAUAAUAAACAAUAAAUUGU